AUGUCGACGUCCAACAUGACCCUUAUCGACUGCAUACGCAACAGCCAGUCGACUCGCAACACACCAUGCGUUUUGAUAACCAGUCCAGACGCCGUCACAGAGCGGAUAUUCCUCGGCGAUCUCGAGAAUGCCUCAAACAGGGCCGCCGCGUUCCUGGAACAGCAGCUUCCCAAGGACAGCACAACAUUCUUUUACAUGGGGCCGAGUGAUAUGCGAUACUUCAUCUGGGUCAUGUUCCCGUCUCCCGGAAACACCGUGCCUGCGAAUCAACGCCUCUUCAAAACCGUAGGCGCCAAGACCCUGUUCUACGCGCCGGAAGCAGAGCAAGCACUGGCUUCGCUCCUAGACGCGUCUCGAGGCGAGGUCAAACCGGUUAUGACACCAUCGUACUCUGAGCUCAUGAGUAGGGAGCCGGUAACCACUGUAUACGCCUUAUCCAAGCCCUUCGAAGAGGUCAAAGACGUGCCUGUCCUGGGACUACACACUUCUGGCACAAGCGGCCACCCGAAGCCAAUCUACUGGACGCACGGGUCUAUUGAGGCGAUGGCUUCGCAUUCCGACUCAUACGGUGUGUAUCCGGAGAGUUUUAAUGACGAUGGCUCGACUAGUCUGUUGCAGGAUGUGUUCGCGCCCGGAGAGGUUGUGAUGAUGCCCUUCCCUCUGUAUCAUAUGGGCGGAAUAAGCCCCGUUUUCUUCAGCAUAUUGUACGGCAAUACCCAUGUCAUGCCCGUAACCGGCACAAAGAUGACAUCCGAGAAUAUCACCGGAAUGUUGAGAUCAUCAAAGUCUACCACCGCGUGGCUUGCUCCAUCUCUGCUUGAGGACAUGCUAGACUAUCCCCCUGGUCUUGAAACACUGGGCACGAUGAAACAUGUGGUAUUUGGCGGCGGUCCUAUGAAUCCAACGAAAGGGAACAGAAUUUCUAAGCUCGUCCGCCAUCUUUGUGGCUUCAUAGGCUCCACUGAAGGCGGCGCAUGCCACCUCGUCUCUCCCCCAGACAGCUCUCACUGGAACGAGUUCAACUUCAUAGAUGUCGGCCAUAGGAUGGAGGAGGUCGAGCCCGGGCUGUUCGAGCUCGUCUACCCAAACACCGAACUGACACGGCGGUGCCAGCUGCACUUCCACUCAUACCCCGAGCUGAGCGAAUACCGCACAAAAGACUUGUUCUCCCCCGUUCCAGGGAAAGACGGGUGGUGGACAUACCGUGGCCGGACUGACAACUGGGUCAUCAUGUCCAAUGCCCUCAAGAUGGACCCGACCGAUAUCGAGAGCACCGUCGGCAGCCACCCGGAUGUCCGAGGUGUCCUGGUGGCCGGGGACAGGCGGUACAGACUCUGCCUGCUUGUUGAGCUAAAAGACGAUGCCAUUCCAGCAACCGACGCCGAGCGCGAGGACGCCCUGACCAAACUGUGGCCUUUGAUUGAAGAGGCCAACAAGGCCUCAUCCAAAUUCGGACGUAUCCCCCGGGAGCUCGUCUUCUUCACCUCACGAGAGAAACCCUUUUUGAGAGCGAGCAAGGGAACCAUCCAGCGCCGGCUCACGAUCGAGGACCACGCCGACGAAAUCAACGAUCUGUAUGCCAAGGCCGAACACGGCCUUCUCACCUCAGGACUGCCGCGUCUUGAGAAGUUGGACCGAGAGUCUCUUGCGGGUAUUCUUCAGUACUUAUAUGCCGACGUGUUGGAGCUGGACGAUGGGAUCGGAAUGGACGAUGACUUGCUUGCGGCGGGAAUCGACUCCUUUGGGAUCAUGGCCGUUGCGUCGCGGUUGAAGGCUGCGUUACGGCAACACGGGGUCUCUGAGGCUAGUCUGAGCGUUGUCAGCGUCAAAGCGCUCUAUUCUGCAUCUACAAUUCGGUCGCUGGCAGACUCAUUAGCAGGCGCGCUUUCUUCUUCCGGCCAAGAUGUCACUAGUGACGGUGGCCUUGGAGACGAAAAAAGCGACAUCUUGGCCUUUAUCCAAAAGUACAAGGCAGCAGUGCCACAGCUCUUUGAGAAAACUCCAGCCGCCGGGGAGGUGGACGCAAUGAAGCAAAGACAGUCUACAUACGGUGAAGGCCAGACUGUCCUGCUUACAGGCUCAACAGGAUCUCUGGGUAGCUAUCUCCUCGACGCCCUGCUUGCUCGACCGGACACCAAGCAGGUGAUCUGCCUAAACCGCGGAAGCGAUUCUCGGGAAAGACAAGCCAAAGCGCUCGAGACCAGGAGACUUCCGCCUCUACCACAAGAUCCAAAGGACAAAGGCCGGGUGGUGUUCCUACAAGCUGACCUCAGCAACGACACGCUCGGACUCAGCCCCAGCGAGUACGCCUUCGUCGCCCGCGAGACAACCGUCAUCGUCCACAACGCGUACCCGGUAAACUUCCUCCUGAGCCUCGCGCAGUUCGAGCCGCACCUCCGCGGCCUGCUGAACCUCAUGGCGCUGGCCCUCAACGCCCGCGCGUCCCUGCUGUUCGUCUCCAGCAUAUCCACCGCCAUGUCCGCGUCGGGCAGGAGGCGGCGCGUCCCGGAGGCCGUCCUCGACACCGCCACGCAGGUGGACGACCUGCUCCCGCAGGGGUACGCGCAGUCCAAGUACGUGUGCGAGCACAUGCUCGAGGCGUUUGCAGGCGGCCUGGCCGCUCGGCCGGCGGCGCCACCCGAGGCCGCGCGGUCGGUGGGCGUGCUGCGGGUCGGGCAGAUCUGUGGGCCGCGGUCUGGGCGGGGCCCGUGGAACAAGUGGGAGUGGUUCCCGUCGCUGGUGGUGAGCUCUCGCUUUCUCGGCGUUGCGCCGGAUGGUAUUGGGCAGGAGAUCAACUGGAUCCCCGUGGACGAGCUGGCUUGCAUCGUGACGGAGCUGAUUUCCUACAUUCACCUUCCACCCGUCAAUGGGGAACCCCAGAACGAACAGUCAAAUCCUUUGCAGGUCUUCAACGUGGUCAACCCGAAUGUCUCCUCAUGGGAAGACGUCCUCCCAGCCCUACAGACGGAGGUACCAGAGACUAUCCCUGUCCGUCAGUGGGUGGAGCGUCUCGAAGAGAGUGUUGAAAAGAGCACGUACGUGCUGGAUCAGAACCCUGGGGCAAAACUGGUUGCCUUCUACCAAGGGGCACUUGUGGGUGAUGGAAGGGCCGAGCCACUCUACGAGGUGGAGCGUCUUGUCAAGGCAAGCCGCAAUGCGGCGAGGCUGGGGCCGGUCACGAAGGCUGAUUUGAAGCGAUGGAUGGAGGAGUGGUUAUGA